AUGUUAAAAACAAAAUUCAUGAUGCAAAGCAAUCUAUUUGUUACCAUUUAGUUGUUUUUAAUAAUUUAACUGACUUUUUCCUCCUUUUCUAAUUAUGAAGAGGCAAUUUUGUCUUCAAGUAUUGAAAUUACAGAGUAGACAAUCAAUUUUAUUGACUCAGAUGAGAAAGACACAUAUGGUAUAGGAUUUUGGAGUAUGUGUAUUCCUUUAAAAAUUCCAAGAAAGAACAGCGAUUUUGAAAUACCAUUCAAUAAGGACCUGAAAGAAGAUGGGGAAUUGUUAUUGUUAAUAAAAGAUUCUGAUACAAAUAACAAUCUAGUUGUAGUUUAUAAGAUCUUAGAUUAUAUUAAUCUGAAGGUUGGACAUAUGAUAUAAUAUAUGAAUGAUGAUUCAUAUGAGAAUUUCAUAUCUAAGUUUGAUGGUUUAUAUUACGAAGGAUAAUGGAUUUUUCAUUUAAUUAUGAUAUAACCAAUAAAAGGAAUCAUAAUGAUAGAAGUUGGUGGCCAAAGUAAAAAUUCUCAUAUUAUUAAUACAAAAUUCUAAUAAAAUUUAAAAAUUAUUUAAGGAGGGAGAGGAUAUGUAAUAAUUUGUAUCUAUAAAGAUAAAUGAGUUGAACUUAAAUUAUUUUAAAGGAUUGUUGUCUAAGUUGAUAUUUCUACCAAACUUCUUGUACGAAGAUAAUUCUUUUGAAAAUAUCAUGAUUGAUAAUACAAUCCCUUAAAAAUAUGAGAAAGAGCAAAAAGUUUAAAUUGUAAAAGGAUUUCAAAUAUUUAAUGACUAAAAGACUCUUUACAAUGUUAUAGAUUAAUAUGGAACAAAGUACUGCUUAUCUGGAUGGGUAAAAUAUAAUUUUAAUAAUGAUGAUGAAGGGCGAUUUACUUUUCUGAGAAUGACUAGCUUUUUAAAUUAUGAGGAAAAGAAAAAAUUAGGAGACGAAUUAUUUAGUAUUAAUGUAUUUUACUCAUAAAUCAAUCCUAUUGAAACUUAAAUAAUUGUACACACAGAUGCCUAUAGUAUGCCUGUUUAAUUAUCCUUCUAAUCAUAAUAUGAUUUAACAUUUUAAGGAAUUUAGAAUCCCAAAUAUUAAGUAGUAGAAUCGACUAAGAUAUUUGAGAAUGCAGAUGAUUUUCGAUAUUUAGAAGGAUUAUAAUAAUGGCAUUAUGUUUAAUAUGAAUAUGGUAGAAGUAAUAUUGAUGAAAGAAUGCUACUUUAAAUAUAAUUCUAUAAUUAAUUGGGGCUUCUAAGAGAAAAACUUGGAAAUGACAUAUUUCGAGGUUCAUUUGUAAAUCACAGAUUUAAUUUAUUUUUUGGAGGAGAUAAUCUGAAUAGUAAAUCUUUAUAGAUAGAAGUCUCUGAUUUUCAAUUUCAAUUUAAUUAUAAUGAUGAUAAAGAAUUAUAAUUAGGUAAAAUGUGUUACUUAUCUAGAUUGCCAUUUUAAUUGUUAAACUUGUAAAGGACCUUUUGAAAAUGAUUGCACUAGUUGUGAUGAUUAAUUAAAUAGAUAUUUAUAAACAGAAAUCUCUAUGUGUAAAUGUAAAUAAGGAUACUUUGAUUUUGGUGAAGCAAUAUGCACUGAUUAAUUUUAUUCAUCAGUUUAAAUAGAGGAAAUAAAAAUUUAGAAUCUUAAUAUUUGCCCUCUUGGUUAUUUUAGGCUACCUAUAGAUGAUAAUUAUUAUGAAUGUAAAUAAUGGUACUUUUAUAAAUAUUUAUUCAAAGCCCUUAAUAAAUGACAUCAUCAUCUAUGUUAUGUGCAGAAUGUUAUUUCUAUUCUAAAACAUGGUACUUAAAACCAGUUUGUAAAUUAGAUCUAAUUACAAUAAGAGAGACUUAAGACCAAGCAUUUCAUUAAGUAGCUCGAAAUCCAUUAAAAUAUGAUUUGUACACAAUUGGAUAUGACAGAGAAUUAAAUUUACGUUUGGAAUUCGAAGAUUUUUGUAUUUAUAGUCCUAUAACAAACGAACCUUGCUUCACAUUUUCUUUUAUUCAUUUAGGGAGCGAAACAUAGAUGAGAUGUAAAUCAAAUUACUAUAUUGAUAUUUGGAAUUAUUAAUGUAUCAAAUAUAAGAAAAUAUGCUCUUUAUAUGAUUCUUUAGGGGGUUGUACAACUUGUUAUGCAGGAAAGUACUUAAAAAAUCGAUCAUGCUUAGAUUGUUCUAUAGGAUGUUAAACAUGUUCCGAUGCCUAAAUAUGUGUUAGUUGCUUGAAAUUUUAUAGCUUAUUAAAUAAUAAAUGUCAAAUGUGUAGUCAAUUUUGUGAAAUUUGCUAAAGUUAUUAUGAUGAUUAUCUUGGGUAAAACUAUUUCAGGUGUAUCAAAUGCAUUGAUGAAUCAAAAUAUAUAUUGACACUUGAUGGGAAAUAAUGUAUAUUCAAUUAGAUUACUAAUUGUGUUUAUGCAUUUUAAGCUUUGAAAGAAGAUUUAACAAUAAACACUAUUGAUAUUAAUUAUUAACCUCAAUUUGAUGAAAGUUAGAUAGUAACUUUAUGUGCUAAAUGUGAUGCUUCAUUUGUUUAUGUCUUUGAAACUAAUGAAUGUGUUAAAGAUGAAUCAAUUUAAGAUUGUGAUGUUGGUAUAGGAUAUCUAAAUGAAAAUGAUAAUUCAUUAAAAUCAACUAUUUGCUUAAGUUCUUCAUAGUAGAAAAAUGAAGUAGUAUAAUUUUCAGAACAUUGCUCAACUUAUAAUAAUAAUUGUUAAAUUUGUUUGUAAACAGAUGCAAAAGAUAUUUAUACUUGUUUGCAAUGUUUAAAGGGAUAUUAUGUAACAAUUCCAUCUGGGAUAUGUAUGGAAUGCCCAAAAGAACUUAGUUGUAAGACUUGUUAUUCUCAACAUUCUAUUUUAAAAGAUAGAUGGAAAAUAUCAAUUAGAGCAUUUUACAGAAAAUAUAUUGAAGCAAAUGGAUACCAUUAAUAUACAAUUUUUGGUCAAAGUUAAAAUGCAAAUGAUUCUGAAGUUAUCUGUUCCACUUGUAUAAAUGGUUUUAAACUACAUGAUAAUAAAUGUAUUUAAUAUUGUUCAGAAACAUGUGUUGAAUGUGUAUUUUAAAAUAACAAUUAUCUUUGUAAUAAAUGUCAAUAUGAAUAAAGAGGAAGAAAAUUAACUUUGAUAAAUAAUGAAUGUAUAGAAUGUCCAGAAAAUUGUGCACUUUGUAGGUUGCGAACAAAUCAAGAAAUCUAAUAAAUUAAUCCUCUAUUUAAUAAUACAAAAUAUCAAAAAUACACUUACCAAUGCUUGAAAAGUUAUGAUGAUUAAUAAUACUAUUAUGAUGAAGAUUUUGGAUUGUUUAUUGAAUGCAAAUAAGAUGAUUAAGGUUAAGGUUGUUAUAAAUAGCUAAUUAUUUCUUUAAAUUUAUAUGGUGAAGCUUGGAAGUAUUUGGAAGAUUUAUCAUCUUUACAAGAUGAUUAAUCGAAGAGUAAAUUUUUAAAAGAAAAUAUAGAACUUACAACGCUUAUUUCAUAUAACUCCAGCUUUUAGGAGGUAUUAAAUAAUUAAAUUUUAGUUUGAAAAUGAUGAAUUUUACUCAAUGGCUAAUUCAAAAUUAAUUAAAUCCAUCAUAAUUAAAAUAACAAAUAAAGACAAAAUAGAAGAUUACAUAUAUAGAGGUGGUUACUUAAAAUAAAUAUUCUCCAACAAUAUAUUCACUUUAAAGUAUUCAUCAAUUUGUAUAUUAGAAAUGUUGAAAUAGAAUUAAAUCUUAAAUAUGAGACAAAUAUUUUUCCUCAAAUGGAUGUAGAAUUUAUAAAUUUUUCAAAAAUAACCUUUUCAGGAAUUGUAUUUUAGGUGACUACAUAAACAAAAUUUAUAUUCACAAGCUAUUUCUAAUAAUCUAUAAUUCUAAAUUAAAUAAGUUUUUUAUUGGCCCCACUAACAAAUAAUCGUAAUGUGAACUUUCAAUUUACUUUUAAAAAUAUUAGUUCCCUAUCAGUGAAUAAUUUGUUUAUAAAAAAUGUCUCAUUAAUUGACCCUGAAGCUUUUAUGAAAAUAGAAGAGACUACUUAUCCUAAAUCAUUAUUUUUAAAUAAUAUCACAAUUCUAGAAUGUGAUAUCAAAACUAUCUUUUUAUAUUUAGGAUUAGGGAAUCUCGAUAUAGUUGAAAUUAACAAUAUAUUUCUAAAUUCAAACUUCACUAAUUCAAGAUUUAUUUAGAUUUCAUAAAUGAAAGAAAAUGGUUAGAUUAAAUUAUCGAAUUUUGUUGUAGAAUCUAGUAAAAUUUUUGACUCUAAAUACUUUUUCAAUUUCGAAAGAGCCGAGCAUUUAGAAAUAAUUAAUUUUUAACUUCUUCAAACUUAAUUAAUUAAUUCAUCGUUUAUCUUAUUGAAUAGAAAUAGCUUUUUAGAAAAUGUGAAAUUUCUAAAAAAUGCAUUUUUGUUCCAAUCCUUUGGGAUAAUAAAUUAUAAUAACUAAUUAGAUUUAAGUAUAAAUUAGCAAUUUUAAAAUAUUCUUUUUUAAGAUAACUCUUAUAAUACUAUAAUUUAAUUCAUUAAACUAAAUAAAUACUAAAGCCUAACAUAGAAAAUUACUUUUAACUAAUUAAGCUUAAUAAAUAACGAAUAUACUAGUAAUAUUAUAAUUGAGAAUAGAAAGUAAGUGAAUUUUUCGUUGAUUUCAGUUCAAUAUGAUUACAUAUAAUUAACAAAUUUAGUUAUCAGUCGUGGUUUUGGUUUAAAUGAUAUUUGGUUAUACGACUCUUUAUAAAUUUUAAUUGAAAAUGGAACUAUCUAUCAAGAGAAAUAUAGAUUUUUAGGAUUGCAUAAACUACUUUAUUGUUAAUUGAAACAAGUAAAUGCUUAAUAUUAUUCGACUACAUUUAAAAUUGGCUCAUCGAAAAUAAUAGAGAUGAAAAAUCUGACAUUCAUAAAAGUUUUAUCUUAUAAUUUUCCAAUUAUUGCUAUUGAUUCAGCCGAUUCAAGUAUGUUGAAUUAGAGUGAAGCAAUAAAAUUAUAGGAUUUAUCAUUUAUUUCUAAUUUGAUUCUUUAUACUGAAACCUUAUUUGUGACAUCUCUUAUUUAAAUAUAAUCAUAAUAAUAGGUGCUUAUUUAAAUUGAAAACAUUGAAUUUUCAAAUAAUGUUUUUCAUCAAUAUGCUAAAUACAAUAACAAAAAUACUGCAGGACUAUUAUUCAUUAUCUGUUCAAUUUGUAAAAUAUAGUUGAUUAAUUCAUAAUUUUUAAAUAAUAUAGUUUUAAAUAGCAGUUCGAGUAUCAUUUAUAUUGAAACAAAGGAAUUAUUAAUCAGUAAUAAUGUUUUUUACAACAAUAGUAUUUUUGUUUAUGAAAUACUAUAACCCCAUUUAUUAUGGGGUUUUAAAUCUUCGGUAUCAUAAGAAAUAAUAAAAUCAAUAUUUGAUAUCUAAUCUAUUUCUGGAGUGGGUUAACUACAUACUGAAAAAAUUGUAAUUUAAAAUAAUACCUUUAUAAAUUCUUCAGGUUAAUCUGGAGGGGCCUUCUCCAUUUAUUCUUAUGGAGAUGCAGAAAUAACUAUAUAGGAUAAUAUUUUUGAAGGAAUAUCUACUUAUUUCUAAAAUGAUAGAGAGUAUGGAGGUGCAAUAUAUAUUGAUGGAUCAUAAUCUUCAUCCAUUUAUAUUGAAAUCAAGAAUAUUAUAGGCAAGAGAAUAUUUUGUAGAGGGCUUGGAGGAUUUUUAUAUAUUAAAUCUAGAUCCUCUUUAUCAAUUUUAACUGUUUUCAACUUGAAUUUCUAAGAUAUUUAUGCCCAAUAAGGAUCUUUAAUUUAUGUUUCUUUUACAAAUUUUGAAUAAAAUAGAUAGAAUUUUUAACUUUCAUAAUCAAUUUUGGUGAAUACUUAAAUAGGUUUUUUAGAAUUUCUUGACAAUUUUAAAGUAUUUUCUAUUUAAUCAGAAAUAUAUAAUUUAAUAAAUAAUAGAGCUCUAAUUUAUGUAGAAUUUGGAUCUUUGAUAUAAAUUAGCAGUUUUUUAAUAAAUAGUAUUUUUUUUGAAGCUUUUUCAGUUUUUUAUGAAACGACAUCUGUAUAUCUAUCAAAUAUUUAAAUAUUAAAUUCUUAAAUCAGCAAUAAACUAAUAUCCAUUAAAUUAUUUACAGGUAUCAAUAUAUUAAUAUGUUAGUAACAAAUUGCCAAUUAAAUUUUUAAGAUAUUUUAUUCAAAUCUAUUUAUGUAGGAUUAAAUGAAACGAAUUUGACAAAUUAAAGUUGUUUGAAUUAAAAUCCAUCUUUUAUGGAUAUGAUCUAUUAUUGUUUUGAUGAAAUCAUCAAUGCACCUAUUAAUUUGGAUCAUUAUCAAUAUUAAAUUGAAAAAUUUUAAAAAGCGUUUUGUGUCUAUUAAGAAAUUAUACAAUACAUAGAUGAUUCGAAUUCAGGAUUAAUUUUGUUUAAUAAUUUUACUAGCCAAGACAUCAUUUAAAUGAGCUCUUUAUCUUUUGUUGAUAUAUAAUGUUCACAAUGCCAAAAUGGGUUGAUAUUUCUAUAAUUUUAGAAUUCAAAAUCUUAGAUUUAAUAGUAAAUAAUUACUUCUCUUUUGGUACAAAAUUCAACUUGUGGUAAGUAAGGAUGUUUAAAUGUUGAAAAGAUUUCAAAUAAGAAUAAUCGAUUACUAAAUGAAUUUUAACUUUAUAGAUUGAAUUACGAAUUAAUAAUUAGAAAUUAUAUUUGCUAAAAUAAUACUGGUACUCAAGGAACUUGUUUAAAAAUUUAUGAAAUAUAAACACUUUUAGAGAAUAUUCUGUUUUAAUAUAAUGAAGCUACUUAAGAAGGAGGUUCUAUCUAUGUGAAAGGAAAUUAAUAUUUAAUAAUAUAAAAAAGCAUCAUAUAAUUUAACAAGGCUUUUAUAGGGGGAGGAUUGUAUAUUGAGGAAUAAGUCGCAAUUAACUAUUAGAAUGGGUAAACUAAAGUAUUAAAUAAUAUGGCUGAAGUUUAUGGUAAUGAUAUAGCUUCAAUUCCUUAAUAACUUUCAUUAAAAAUAAAAAAUGAAUCUUAAAUUUUAUAUACAAUAACCAAAAUCAGCAAUUCUACUUUAAAAAUACAAGAAAUAGAAGUUAAACCAUAUGUUGGAAUAAAUGGGAAAAUGUUGAAGUAUAUUUAUCUCCCAACAGGAUAGAAAAUUUCAACUUAUAAUAUUUUUGAUUGGAAGAAUAAAAUUUACUACAAAUCCAAUUUAAUUUUCAGAGUUUUUGCCCUAGAUGGUGAUAUGAAUACUAUUUAAAAUCUAAAUGAUUCUUAAUGUGAAAUACAGAGUAGAAUACUAAAUAUAUCAAAGGAUAAAGAUGAGGAUUAAGAAUUUACAAAUAAUUAUACUAAUAUUCGUAAUAUAACUUAUAAUUUAAGUACAUAAAAUUAUAAUCUUGAUGAUAUGAUAGUCUAUUUUGAUAAUUAAGCCCCAUAAGAUAUUGUUCUUUAAAUAUAAUUCAUUUGUAACUCUAUAAGAAUACCUAUUUAUAAUCUUGAAAAUCCAUUAGAAAUUGUUGAUUACCAUUCAAAUUAUAAACUUCGUGUUAAUAUAAAGACAUAUGAUUGUUAAUUUGGAGAAAUUAAAAAUAUUACAAAUUUUUCAUGUGAAAAAUGCGAUCCUGAUCUUGGUUUAUUCUCUUUAAAAUUAAACUCUCAAAAAUGUGACAUUAAAAAUGAGUUAACUACUUUGAAUAUUAAAGACAAUUAAUUAGUUUUGAGACCAGGAUACUGGAAACCAUACUUUGAUACAAUAGAUAUUGCCUAUUGUCUCAAUCUACAAGAAAACUGUUUAGGAGGAAUAAACGAAGGAGAUACCUCAUGUUAUAUUGGCCAUAUUGGAGCACUUUGUGAAUAAUGUGAUUUAUACGAUAUAAUGGGAAAUGGAUAAUAUUCAAUUGUUAAGAAAUUUCAAUGCGGUCCUUGUGUUGAAAAGGGAAGAAAUAUCUUUAUUAUUUUAGGAAUCAUUAUUUUAACACUUAUUUUUCUAUUGAUCUCAGUCUAAGGAAAUAUAAAAACUAUUGAACAAUAUACAAAAUAUAUUCCUUUCAAAAUCUUGAAAAAUUCUAUUUUUAUGAACAAGAAUUAGUCUGGGAUGCUAAUUAAGAUGUUAACUAAUUAUUUUCAAAUUAUUGUAUCAAUUACUACAUUUUAAUUAAAAUUAUCUGAAGGAUUAAAUAAUACUUUAAAUGUUGCUGGAAACCCUCUUUAAACAUCUUCUUAUUCUUUGGAUUGCUUUUUAGUUGACUUAAAAGACUUAUAAAUAGAAUACGCUAGAAUGAUUUGGUAAACUGUCAUGCCAAUAUUAUAUAUCACUAUUUUUUUAGGUUUAUAUUCAUUAAUAAAUAUAUUAAAGAAAGAAAAAUUAAAUUCAAGUGUUGCAACAACAACCCUUAUAUAUAUUUACAUUUACUUUUAACCUAAUUUAGUUAAUGGAUUUAUUGAGCUUAUUUCUUAUAGAAAUAUUUCUGGUUUCAAAUGGAUUUAAGCUAAUGUAUCUUAAAGGUAUGAUACUACAUCACAUUAAAUAUGGAUGUUCUAAUUUUGUUUUCCUCUGAUUAUAUUUAUUUCAUUAAUAAUACCCUUUUACUUUUUCUUUGGUCUCUAUUUUAAUAAGAGUAAUCUUGAAAAAAAAAGUAUUAGACUUCAUUGGGGAUAUUUGUAUAAUGAAUACAAAGUAUAGGCUUACUUUUGGGAAUUAAUUAAAAUAAUCCAAAAGGAAUUAAUUAUUCUAUCUCUUGUCUAUUAUGAAGAAGCUAUUGUAUUGAAAGGAGUUCUCUUACUCUUUAUAACUUAUGUUUACUAAGAAUUAAAUUCUUAUUAUUAACCCUAUAAAUUAAAUAAUCUUAACAAACUAGAUUAUUAUUCUGCUAAUGUUAGUAUGAUAACUAUUGGUUUAGCAAUUGGAUCUUAUAUUUCUUAAUAAUCUAAAAUUGUAGAACUUUAGGUACCGUUCUAUAUUAUAAUGUCAAUAUUAAACUUUUUAUUUCUAUUCAGUAUCAUUUCUAAAAUCAUAAUUGAAUAUUCAAAAGAAUUUGAAGGACAUUUGGAAAAAAUUAAGUAUAAAAUUAGAAACAAAUUUCCAGAAAUUUCUUAAUAUGGUUGUUUGGGUAGACUACUUAAAAAUAGGGUAGAAUAGAGAAAAAAAGCAAUAAUGGCUUUUUAAAAAUUAAAAAAACUUGGAAUUCCUUUAGCAAAGAAAAUAAUCGAAAUGAGGAAAUCUUCAUAUGAAAUGAAUUCUAAAUUGAAAAUGUCUUAAACUUUAGAUCAUUUCUAUUAGCUUAAAUAAGAAGGUUUAGAUUUAGAAAAGUCUUCCUAAAAUAGAAUGCUGAGCGCAAAAAUUACGAAUUGA